AUGACAGAGCAUCCCAUGCUCUCACGUCCGGAAAGCUUCUUUACGGCCCAACUACUAGAAGAAGCUGGCUUGGAAAGGCUUAAGCAGGGCAUAGCACAUGUGAACCUGAGGCUUGCUGAGCGUCACUACCGUAUCCGUAUCUUAGAGCUCAGAGAGCUCAUUGCGGCCGAAGAGGCCAAAUUCAAAACGCUGGUUACCGAGAUUGACGAAAUCCGUGGCGGUCUGUGGGAUGACAAAAUACGCGCGAGUCUAGCCAUGUCUCCUGCAGAGCCAGAGCCAGAGCCAGAGUUUCCUCCUGCAGAAGAGGCACAAAUAGAAGAGGCCCAAGCAGAAGAGGCACAAACAGAAAAGCCACCUUCAACUGCCGAACAACCUAUGGAGGUGCACAUAUCUGAAGAGGAUGAUGAUGACGAUGACGAACAAGAUCAUCCUGAAGAAGCUCAGGUGAUUGUCGAUCUGACCGAGGGCACAUUCGGCGGCGAAGAAGAGCCAGAUGUAGAAACAGUUGAUGUGUCGGCAGAAUCGCCGCCGGAGCAAGCUGUGCCAGUGGAAGUUCUUCCAAGUGAAGAACAGCCAUCAGAGGCAGCAACCUCCCAGGAGCCGACUCUUGUACAGGAGCCGGAGCCUUUGGAUGUACCUGAACCAACCGCCGCCGAGCCCAGCGCAGAAGAGCCAGAUGAAAAUGCAAUGGAAGGGGUUGAAGAGGAGGUUGCCGAGGAACCCGAGGUUACCUAUGAGGACCAGUCAGCUGCAGAAGCAGACGUACAAGUCCAGGCGAAUGACCCGAGGGAAGAAGACGCGAUUGAAGAGCAGGACGUGCCGGAGUCUACGACGCUAGCGACAGAAGGUGACGUCCCGAUGGAUGUGGACGUGGACAAGCAAGAAGUGCAAGCCGAGGGUGAGGCGACCCCCGUGCCCGAGGACGAGUCUCGCACAGACGCAAAGCGCAAGGCGUCGGAAGAAGGUACACCGCUGGAUGCUCAACGAGAUAAGAAACGUCUCCGUGAAGGGUCCGAAGCUACGGAGGAAGAACCCGGUCCCAGCACUGCGCCCAAAGGACGCCGCCCCGGGCGCCCGCCUGCGGUAGACACCCCACCCGUGUCAAAGCGCUUCCAGACAAUGAUCACAAUGGUGCACUCGCAGAUCUCGCAGCACCGCUAUGGGACUAUCUUUCACAACCCGAUCCGCAAGGUUGAGGCGUCCGACUACCAUGACAUCGUCAAGCGGCCGAUGGACCUCAAGACAAUCAAGGCGCGAAUCAAGGACGGACUCAUCUCGAGCUCGCUCGAGUUCCAAAGAGACGUGUAUCUCAUGUUCGCGAAUGCGAUGAUGUAUAACAGACCUGGCUCUGAGAUUUACAAUAUGGCUGAAGAGAUGAUGCUGGAGAGCGAGGGUCAUAUUCAAACAUUCCAGCAAACCGAAGGUUUCCAUGGAAGGUGUGUGUUCUCAUGA